GUAAAUUAGUAAUAUAUAAUAGUCAUAUAGUGAUAUUCACAUGCACCUAACGUCUGAAGUUUAGCUUGUUAUUCGAUAAUUCAGAAUCAUAUUAUAUUCAAAAAUGGAGGCAAAUAGAAAAAUCAACAACAGUUUUAGAUCUACUUUGGCUCAAUGCUUAGCCUUAACCGGAUCAUGUCUCUUGCAAACCGGAAUCGGUAUAGAAAUUAUAUGUUUGACUAUAAUUAUCGGUGCCCUGUCGACCAAUAAAAAUCAAAAUGAAUUUUUGACCGUAACGAGCGAUCAGGCGUCUUGGUUCGGCAGCCUUUUGUUCUUGUUCACCCCGGUCGGCAGCCUGCUCUCGUCGCUGACACUGGACCGUUUCGGUCACAACAAGUGUAUGAUCAUCACCAACAUACCGUAUAUCGUAUCACAAAUCAUGUUUUUCUUCGCGGAGAACGUCGACACCCUGUACAUGUGCUCUAUCCUUAUGGGACUGAGCAUCGGCUACGCAGGUGGCCCGUGCUCGGCCUACAUCGGUGAGGUGUGCGAGCCCAAGCUAAGGGGCGCGUUAAUGUCGGUCACGAACGUUUUCUACUUCGUCGGCUCGUUGGUGUUCACUCUGAUCUACGCCGUCACGUUGGACUGGAGAUUAACCGUACUGCUCAGCAUGAUCAUACCGAUUGUAAACAUCGUGAUCCUCUUAGUGUCCCCGCACUCUCCCAUGUGGCUGUUGACCAAAGGAAAACACGAAAAAGCUCAAAAAACGCUCGGCAAGUUAAGGGGUUGGGUGUCUCACGAGCUGUGCUCGAACGAGUUCAGAGAAAUGAUCGUUUACACGUCCGUGAAGGACACCGAAAAACCGGAUACUAAAAACGAGGAAGACAUCACAAGUUCGUGGAGACAACUACUCCAGCCCGAAGUAUACAGGCCUUUCCGUUUGUUGGUGAUAUACAUUUUCUUCGCGAAUUUACUAGCCGGCGUACAGUACGGGCCGUAUUUAGUGUCAGUGUUUACCGAAUUUGGUGCGCCCGUCAACGUCGAAAUGACAAUCUCGUUUUCGGUGGCUUUGGCCAUUAUCGGUGGAAUACUAACGGUUUUUUUCGUGAACAAACUCGGCAAACGAUUUCUCACGCUCAUGACGUUGCCCAUUUGCUCGGUUUGCUACAUCUUGAUCGGAAUAAUCGGCAUUUACUGGACGGAUUCGAAGCCUUUAACCUCUUGGUUGGUGUUAAUAUUUUUUCUCACGACGACUUUCACUUCGUCAUUCGGAAUAUUGACAGUUGCGUGGAUACUUGUGUCCGAAAUCUUCCCUAUGAAAAGCAGAAACAUUACCUGUAGUACUUGUGUAGCUUUGGGUUACCUGAUGUCGUUCUUUAUGAUCAAGUUUUUUCCACAGUUUUCCGCCUUCGUGCAACUUUACAACACAUUUACGAUAUUCGGAGUGGCCGGCUUAUUUGGCUCGGUAUACUUCUACUUUUAUCUACCGGAAACUGAGAACAAGUCGUUACAAGAAAUAUCUGAGUUUUUCAAGUAGAAUAUAAUUAUUGUUAUGAUUACUAUUUUC